AACCCGCAACUAUUUCCGGUUUGACAUGCGCAGUUAAAGCAAACAUUAGACGCUAUCGGCUGUUUUUGUUUGUGUGGCCGAGGUAGUUUGUCGUUGCUGUACCGUCGUUAAAACCGGAAUUUUUAACUAGCCUGACAAACGGGAGGUUAAUAUGGGUGCCGGUUCGAGCACCGAGGCCGAGAGGGAGCCGCUUCUUGUUCCUUCUUAUGUGGAGACGAACACUAAUCCGGUAAACAGCAGAGUGUAUGGGAGAAGAUGGCUGGUUCUGACCCUGUUUUCCCUGCUGGCACUGAUGCAGGGAAUGGUGUGGAACUUCUGGGGUCCCAUACAGAACUCAGCCGCUCACGCUUACGGCUUUACCAAGUCUGACAUCGCGAUUUUGGUGCUGUGGGGCCCGGCUGGCUUCCUCCCUUGGUUGCUGUUUAUGUGGUUAAUGGAUAAAAAAGGUUUGCGAGCAUCCCUCCUCCUCUCUACCCUCUUCAUGGUGCUAGGAGCAGCUCUAAGAAGUAUCCCACUGACAGGCCAGCCUUUGAGACGAUGGUUGAUACACGGAGGUCAGUUGCUUAAUGGUUUAGCCGGCCCCACCAUGAUGAGCGCCGGCCCCUAUCUGUCCACCACAUGGUUUGCCCCUGAUCAGAGAGCCACAGCAACAGCCGUGGCCUCACUCUUCUCCUACCUUGGAGGCGCCGCUUCAUUCAUAGUGGGACCUCUGAUAGUUCCAGCUCCCAAUGACACUCAGGCACUAACCACGAUCUCGGCAGCGGUUUCCGACAUCUUCAUCCGGGACAGGAUCCAGCUAGUAAUGUAUGCAGAGUUGGCUGCUAUUGCUGUGCUUUUUGGAGCAGUCCUGCUCUAUUUCCCUGCACGCCCACCAAUGCCUCCCAGCGUGGCUGCUGCAAGCCAGAGACUCAGUUACAGGAGCAGCAUCUGCAGACUUCUUAGCAAUCUGCGGUUCCUGAUGAUAGCACUGGCCUAUGCAGUCCCCACAGGAGUGAUUGCUGGCUGGUCGGGCGUCCUCGACAUGGUUCUUACACCAGCCAAAGUCAGCCAGGUGGAUGCAGGCUGGAUUGGUUUCUGGUCGACCGUUGGUGGAUGUGUGUUCGGAGUGGCAAUGGCCCGAUUUGCAGACUCUAUCCGCGGGAUGCUGAAGCUGAUCCUGGUGCUGAUGCUGGCAGGAGCCUCACUGGCCUCUACGUGGUUCACACUCACCUGUCUGAGCAGCUAUACCCACCUCCCUUCCACUUCAGCAAUCCUGUACACUUCCUGCAUCCUGGUUGGCAUUUUUAUUAACAGCAGUGUUCCGAUAUUCUUCGAGCUGUUCAUUGAGACGGUGUACCCGGUCCCUGAAGGCAUCACCUGUGGAGUCGUCACUUUCCUGGGUAACCUCGUCACGGGCCUGCUCCUCUUCUUCCUCACCUUUUACUGUAAAGAUGUGUCGUGGCUGAACUGGUGUCUAACUGGCUCCUGUCUCUUCAGCCUCGUCCUCAUCCUCUUCUUCAGGGAGUCCUACGAUCGCCUCUACCUGGACGUCUUUGUCUCUGUGUGACACUAUGAGGAUGCAAAUGUGCAACCGAAUAAUAAAGGACUAAAUGAUAACUCUUGCACAACGAAGAUGAGAAAAGGGAGAUGAAGGGCAAGUGAACCACCUGCGCUCUUUUAACAUGUAAUGUUUUAGGAAUAAGCGUGAUCUCAAUGUUUACUCUUUAUAGGUGAUCGACUCAACGCCAUAUGACUGUUUAACUCGUUAUUACCUCCUUUUGUCUCAGUGUUUGUAUGUAAACGAGCUUUUGUGACGGCUUGAGUUUUCUUUACCGGGUACAGCAUGACGGACGGUUGUUUAUUAACUGAUGAUGUAACAUUUAAAGCUGUAAUCAGUGUGCCCCCCCCCCCCUCUUCCCGCCUUCCUGCCAUGCGGCUGUUUGCAUCCCUCCUCCUGAUCAUCAUCCCUGCAGAAACUGGACACGCUCAAAAUUACUGCACAUCACGUUUACUACAGAUCGGCAUCAGAGGUGUGCCCCUAACGAGGGUGGAAAGGAAAUGUUUCCUCAGCCAAUCAGCAGGCCUGGCUGUACUGGAUCUCCUGGUGUUGUUGGCUGUUGCAGAUGUGCUCGUGGUGAGUUUGCCUGUAAUAUUGCCUGUCAGUGAGAGGCAGGGACUCGCUCCCUGUUUUAUCAGCCUCUCGAGACGAAUCUCAUGGAAAAAAAUCUCCCAGAUUUCGAGACAUGGGCCGGGAUCAGACACACCUGGAGUCUUCUACCAAUCUGCUGCACAUGUGGAAGAAAUAAAAUGCUCUCUGUGUUCUGCCUGUUUAUAGAUAACUGUAUCAAUUUCUGGGAGGUUUGCUUUUUAAUUUGACAUUCGUUUGGGGGUUUUUUUUGUUUUGUUUUUGUUUUUUCUUGAUCGUUUUUAUUCAUUUGUUUCCUCAGAAAUCUGCCAGUAUUUACUGGAAACAUCUCAACACUAACAAAGCUAAAGAGUUAAAAAAGAAAAAUCAUAACAGGAUGAAAAUUUCAACCCCUGCUAAGAUCCACAAAGAUGAGACAGGUUGUUUUAUUAUACAGACUGGAUUACGCAACAUUUGAAUUGCCAAGCUGCUGGUCUCCAAAGCACCAGCGGGUGUUUUGCACCAAACAUCUGUCACUUACAUUUGUAACUUGUUCAUGUUUGUGUCUUUGCCUUGCACAUCACUUAUGACAGAAGUGUUUGUGUUUUCCUUUAGGUCCUCUAAACGGUUUCCUGGUGCUUUUUUGUCUUUUUCUUUCUUUCAUACUUUUUUUUUUUUUUCUUGUACGGGGGGAAAAAGAAGGGACGUGUUGCCUUAAUAUCCCAGUGCAGUGCGUUCAGCCUCCCUCUCCUCUACACUGUGACUAUUUUAUGUGUAAAUUUUGUAAAAGGUCAUGUUCUGUUUUGUGGCACAUGCUCUGGUCACACUGUGGUGUCCCAGGUUUUGGUGAUAAAUGUUCUGUGGAAAAGAACAAACAUGACUGUCAGAUAUUUCCAGCACCUUAUUAAAGAGCAUUUUACAAAUAAUACUGCUGCUGUUCUCCUAUUGUUAUGCUAAUAAAGGUUAUUGAAAACGUACCUCUGGA